AUGUCUCCCAUUGAUUUGGUCAUUAAUCAACUUCCAGCAUCCCCGCCCUCCAAGCCUCAUCCUCGGCUUAAUCAAAUCAAUCCAGAAAUUGUUUAUGAAUAUCUACCCAGCCCUGAUGAUAUCGAUUCAAAUCUCAUAGUGAUGUUCCAUGGACUUGGUGAUACUCCCAAACCUUUUUCAAACUUGGCGAAAACUUUAAAGCUACCUCAGACAGCUUUCCUUAUCAUACGUGCUUUCGAGCGUGUACCAUUAUUAGAAGAAGAAGCUUUUCAGUGGUGGGAUUCUUUUGAUCCAUUGACAGGUGAUCCAGUCACAAAUCCAAAUCCAAGCAAGAGUAUUUCUAGACUAAAUGCGGUGCUCGAUCAUCUUAUUUCAAACGAGAUCGGAUGGCAUGCUUCUACAAUUCACCUUUUCGGUUUCGCGCAGGGUGGAAGUUGUGCAGCUGAACUGCUCGUGAACAGGACCCGCAACGCUGAAGCGCCCAAUGCAAGCAAAGAUGGGCCUCAAGCCGCACGACCUGCCCUCGGCUCACUGGUGACAGUGUCGGGCCCGCUCCUCUCUUUACCUACGAUCUCACCCGAGACACGCUCACAAACACCGACGCUGCUCUGGGUGCGAAAACAUGAAGAUACCAUUGGUCGAUGGCGUGCGGGUUUUGCAAAGGGUUUUGCGUUCGUUGAGCACUUUACCGCUUCAGUUCCUGGUCAGGAUGGUCAACCUUCUAUGCCUAGAGGCCAGGAAUGGGACCCUAUUAUGAAGUAUGCUUUGUUUCCUGAAGAGUUAUCAGUAGAACUCUCGAGAGAGCAAUAUUUAUACCUUUCCUUCAUUCCCAUUUAUCAGGUUCUGGUCCAAACACCUAAGGCAAAGGAACGCAUGGGAGAUCUCUGGCUCUACUGCGAGCUCUAG